GUCGCUAUCUCUGUCUCUUAAGCAUUCUUCAUUAUUUUCAAAGUUUUUAACUUUUGUUUCUUAUUAGCAAAAAAAAAAUUGUAUUUCUCAUUAUAUUUAUGCUGUUUUAACUAAGUACAAAAUUACAGAAAUUCAUAGAGAGUUGCUUUCUUUGACACACCAAAAAUUCUGUUAAAAAGAAGAAACAGAAUGGGUUAGGCUAAGCUUAUUCUUGUUUUUUUCUUUGAUUUUUUUUUCUUCUUCUUGUUCUAGCAUUACAAAGCUGGAUCCUCAUAAGAAGAACAAAAAGAAUCAUAAUUAUCAAAAUGUAGAAGAAGAUGAGGAAGAAAAAGAAAAAAAUCAACCACAACCACAGUUUUUUCAAUUUCAACAACCUUUUACUCAUCAUGAUCAUUUUAUGUAUGAAGAUUUAGAUACCAUCAAACAACAACAAGAACAAGCUCGAUCGAAGAAACGUUCGUUUUUUCCUCCUCCUCCUCCUCGUCCUUCUUGCUCGAAGCAAAAAGGUGUAACAUCGUCAAAAUUUGGUUGUGGAGAGAUUGUUGAGGUACAAGGUGGUCAUAUCAUAAGGUCCAUUGGUCGAAAAGAUAGACACAGCAAGGUGUGUACAGCUAAAGGUCCAAGGGAUAGGCGUGUGCGCCUUGCUGCUCAUACAGCGAUUCAAUUUUAUGAUGUACAAGAUCGACUUGGCUAUGAUAGGCCAAGUAAAGCUGUGGAUUGGCUUAUAAAAAAAGCGAAAGCUUCGAUUGAUGAGCUAGCUGAAUUGCCUCCAUGGAAACCAACUACCACUGGUGUUGAUCAUGCUCUACAGGAUGAUAUUGAUGUUGGAACUGCUAGUACGAUAAUGUUAGGGCAGAACAAUAGCGCUAGCUCAAGUGGUGAAAAUGUGAAUGCGAAUACAAAAGCAGAUGGCAGUUUUAUGCCUCAUUCUUUAGAUUCUGAUGCGAUUUCUGAUACCAUCAAAUCAUUUUUCCCAAUGGGAGGUAGUGGUUCAAAUGAAGGUAAUUCUUUCCAGAGUUUUCAACAACAUAAUUUGAUGUCAAGAAGCCAAGAUUUGAAGCUUUCUUUACAAUCUUUUCAAGAUCCACAAGCUCAGUUUGAAGCAUCAAAUUUCUUUACUGGAUUUGAUGCUUCAGUGUGGCCUCAGCACCAGCAGCAGCCGGUUGAACUUGGUCGACUGGCGGCUGCUCGUGGAGACAUUGGUGGCGGGGCAAUUGCUGGAGCAGGUAGUUAUCUGUUUAACUCUCAGCCUGCCCCGCCGCUAUUACAACAAUUGUUCACUCAAAAUCAGUUUUUGUCUCAGAGGGGACCCCUUCAGUCCAGUUACUCACCUUCGAUUCGUGCAUGGAUAGAUCCAUCAGCGAUUGCUAUCGCCACAGCUGAUCCAAUUCACCAAAACCAAAACCAUCAUCAAGCUGUGUUUCCUAUGUAUUCAACAUCACUUUCUGGCAUCGGAUUCGCCUCAGAAUUAGGCGGAUUCUCUGGCUUUCGCAUUCCUACACGAAUCCAAGGUGAAAUAGAGGAGGAGCAUGAUGGUGUUUCCGACAAACCAUCCUCUGCUUCCUCUGAUUCUCGUCAUUGAAUCAGCUCGGAAACACAAUCUCCCAUUAUAACCUGACAGGAACAAGUACUAUAUUUGAAGAUGGAAAUGGGAAAAGACAAGUCAGGGAAAGCGCGAUAAUCCAUUUUUAUCGAGUCUGAUUCAGUGAGAAUGCACCGCGGAAGAAGAAUCCUGAGCAUAGUUUCAGGUUUUUUUCUAAGAUUAAAUAGCGGUGUAAUGUUCAUGUAUAAGUGUGUUUUUCUGUUGCUAAGUUGUUGUUGUUGUUGUUGUUGUGUGCUUAUUAUCUUCAGUUCAUUAGAACAAGUAAUUUUCUCUUGAAUGACAAUUAUUAUCAACCUGAUUGAUUUGGUAUAUACAUUGUGCCCUAUUAAGUUUCAAAA